ACAGCCGCAGAAGUCGGGGCCCUGCGAGAGAGCGGGGGGCGCGGGGGUCCCAGGAUCAGGGCGGGGCCCCUCCCGAGCCGGGGGUUGCGGACCUGGGUCUCCUGGGGGGCGAUCGUCCAACAAAGGAUCCCUGGGGCGCCCGCCCUCGAGGGCCUCCCUGUCCCCGGAUCCUGCCCCCCCGGCAUUCCGGGGCUCCACAGCCAGACCCCGCCGUCAGCUGCUCGAGAGACCCUCACUCGGCCACGAUUGUGCGUUCCAGGUCGGCGAGCGGCAAGACUCCAGGACAGCACGGGGGAUUCGUGGUUGCUGUCAAGCAAGAGCGCAUCGAGGGCCCGCGGGCAGGAGAGAAGGGGUCCCACGAGGAGGAGCCGGUGAAGAAGCGCGGCUGGCCCAAGGGCAAGAAGCGGAAGAAGAUCCUACCCAAUGGGCCUAAGGCACCGGUUACCGGCUACGUGCGCUUCCUGAACGAGCGGCGUGAGCAGAUUCGUACGCGCCACCCAGACCUGCCUUUUCCCGAGAUUACCAAGAUGCUGGGCGCGGAGUGGAGCAAGCUGCAGCCAGCGGAGAAGCAGCGGUACCUGGAUGAGGCCGAACGGGAGAAGCAGCAGUACAUGAAGGAGCUGAGAGCGUACCAGCAGUCCGAAGCCUACAAGAUGUGCACGGAGAAGAUACAGGAAAAGAAGAUCAAGAAAGAAGACUCCGGCUCCGGGCUCAUGAAUACCCUUUUGAAUGGACACAAGGGUGGGGACUGUGACGGCUUUUCCACCUUCGACGUCCCCAUCUUCACUGAAGAAUUCUUGGACCAAAACAAAGCUCGGGAGGCGGAGCUGCGGCGCCUGCGGAAGAUGAACGUGGCCUUCGAGGAGCAGAAUGCGGUGCUACAGAGGCACACACAGAGCAUGAGCAGCGCGCGCGAGCGCCUGGAGCAGGAGCUGGCCUUGGAGGAGCGGCGGACGCUGGCACUACAGCAGCAGCUCCAGGCGGUGCGCCAGGCGCUCACCGCCAGCUUCGCCUCGUUGCCGGUGCCCGGCACAGGCGAGACGCCCACGCUCAGCACCCUGGACUUCUACAUGGCCCGGCUGCACGGCGCCAUCGAGCGCGACCCCGCCCAGCACGAGAAGCUCAUCGUCCGCAUCAAGGAGAUCCUGGCCCAGGUCGCCAGGUGUGUUCCCUGUGAGCAUCUAUGAGGGUGUUGGCAGCCCCAUGGAUCCAGAGAAGACCAAGCUCCAGUCCCGCCCCCUCCCCCACCCCGUGGAAGAAGGGGUAGGGGUCCUUGUUUGGGGCCAGGCCCAAUCCUGCACCUUGGGGGCUCCAGCCCCCCUCGAAUUAAAUUUCUACAGCAUCCCUCUAGCUUUCAAUCUCCCCAGCACCCCAACUGAGAAAAGUCCCCCACCAUGCUCUGCAUACACACACACAACCCCAGGGCUUCGGAGGGCAGGUCACAACACGUGGAUGUGGGAACACUGCGCAUGGGCAGCAUAACCCAGGACAGGAGGAGAACCCACAGCAGCUCACACCCACUGUGGGGAGUCACCCUACAGCGGCUCUCCAGGACCAGCCCCCAAACAACAAGGCAGAGAAAACCCAUAGCCGACACACUGGGACUCCUGGCAGGUGUAACCAUAAGUGCCCACACAGGCUGGCACCCUGCAGGGACACACCCAUACUCUGGCAGGGGGCCCUCUGCCUGUCACCUUCACAUUCCUCCACUCCCACACUCAUUCAGCUGAGGGGCCCUCCUGGAGGCAGCCCUUUGACCACCACUCAAUCUGGACUUUUUAAAUUAAAAAAGUGGAAUUUGAA